AUGUCGAGUCGCCAGCAAAUAGACUCUGUCAUCGAUGACGACGAUGAGUUCUGCCCACUCUGUAUCGAAGAGUUUGAUCUGUCGGACAAGAACUUCAAACCGUGCCCUUGUGGAUAUCAGAUUUGUCAGUUCUGUUACAACAAUAUCAAGACUCAUAGCGAGGAGGGCCGGUGUCCCAACUGCAGGCGCGUUUAUGACGAGAGCACUAUACAAUACAAGGUGCCUGAUGCGGACGAGUUCAAAGCCGAUUUGGCGUUGAAACAUCGAAAGGCUGCCGCUGCGAAGAAGAAGGAGGCUGAGAAACGUGAAAUCGAAGCUUCCAGUCGAAAGAACCUCGCCGGGGUUAGAGUCGUGCAGAAAAACCUGGUCUAUGUGAUCGGUCUUAACCCCACAAUACGCGACGAGAACCAGCUGCUUCAGACCCUCCGUGGAAGGGACUAUUUCGGUCAGUAUGGUGAGAUCGAGAAGAUCGUUGUCAGCAAAGCAAAGCCGGGUGGCAACCCCAACCAGGGUAUCGGUGUCUAUGUUACAUAUGCGACCAAGGCGGACGCUGCGACAUGUAUCGCUGCGGUGGAUGGAUCUACCAAUGGUGACCGGGUCCUAAGGGCGCAAUACGGAACGACCAAAUAUUGCUCCUCCUUCCUUCGCAACGAGCCGUGCAACAACCGAAACUGUACCUUCCUUCAUGAGACAGGCGAAGACGGUGAUAGUUAUAGUCGGCAGGAUCUCUCUUCGAUGAACACACUCUCCAGUCAGCGUCCGAAUGGUGUCGUCGCUGGCCCCAGCCAUGUAUUCCCGCCCCACGUCACUCGAUCAUCCGCUCAACCUAUUCCUCAACCUAUUUCUCAACCGCUGCGCCGGCAACCGAGCAGGGAUGAUGCUGCUGGCAGUCGCCCGCUGGAUGGAUCCGCUCUUCCCUCGUCGGCCAGUUGGGCUAACAAGGACAGUGCUAUCCACCGCACCAGACGCGCUAGUUUAGCUGGCAGCAGUCAAGCCUCUCAGAGUCCUCGACCGGCCCAUGCCACAAUGGAGCCGCCUGUGGAGGAGGUGAAGAAGAUCGAAAAGCCCCCGCAGGAGCGAGUUCCGACACCAGUGCCGACAGACACGCGCCCUGCGACCCCGCAACCUACAGCGCUGCCAACACCCGACCCUGUGGCUCCUUUCCUCGAAAACAUUCUCAAGGCGGUCAACUCUCCAGAUUUCAGAUUUAUCUUUUCCACUGCCGAUCUCUCCACAGAUGAUGCUACCCUUAUAGAAAAUCAUCCGUCGUUCAUUGAUCCCUACGGCGGCGUCAAGCGUCGAGCGAUGCGGGAGAAAGCGGAACAAGAGCGCGCGCAAAGAGAACAGGAGCUAUUACAAACUGUCACAGCCGAGGAGGAAAGUCGCGAAAGCGGAAGCCUGCAAUUGGGUGGAGAGCCGGACGAUGCUCAUCCGAUCCGGGGUCGAGGAAGCCGGGAAUCCCACGGUGCGAUUCAGCCACCGUCCCAGCAAGGCACUACGACAAAUUCAGUUGUUGGUUCCCCCGUGUCGGCCACAAGCCAUCAGUUCCAGACCCUCAAUCUCGGCAGCCGUAGCUUGACACCCCUUCAGCAACAGCAGCUGAUGCUGCUCAAAUCUGCCAGUAACCAGCAGGCUGGCCUGGUAGAUCCGCUCCAGAAUGGUCUCACUUCAACUGCACUUGAUCAGGCUACUCAAGUCCGACAAGGCUUGUUGCAAUCGCAAAUGGCGCAGUUCAAUGCCCUGCAGGCUCAGAAUCGUCAGUCUUCCCGGUUCUCUUUCGCGAACGAGGCUGGUGCGAAAAACCUUCCCAACGUCAGGAUGCUAGGCCAGCAGGCUGGUUUGAUGCAGUCCGGGACGCCCAACCCUUUGGCCGCGCCUACCCCUCAGCAUGGGCUUGCCAACAGUUUCUACACGAGUGGAGUGCAGGGCCCACCACCCGGGCUCAAGACCGCAGGCACUCCCCCCAUCAGCGGCGGUGGCAUGUUUGCCCAAGGCCAUGGGUUUACCACGAAUGCCAAUCUCGGCCUGGGAGGCAAUAUCGGAAAGCAGGAAGCGAAUCCGGAGUUGAUGCGUGAGCUGCUCCGUGGUCGGACUGGCACAAACACCAGUGUAUUGCAAGGGCAGGAAGCCGCUAAGCGUGAGUUCAUGUUUCCUUUACUCCAACAGCACCACACUCCCCCUCCCCUGACUCCUGCCAAUGGCCUUCUCGGCUCUUUCUAUGGCCCUCAACCGGGGACUUUCUCCGAAGCUGGGCCACAGAAGCAGAAGAAGAAGGGGAAGAAGCACAGACAUGCUAACACUUCCUCCGGUGGAGGCGGUGUAGUAGAUCUUGCGGACCCGAGUAUCUUGCAGGCGAGAAUGCACCAGGUGGGUGCGAAUGCCGGAGCUGGGCAAGCGCUGUAUGGGAGUCAGGGUCAAGGUGGGUACAAUCACUCCAUGAUGUAUGGAGGCGGCUUUAGCCGCUGCGCCGUGAGGCCCGCUCGGUUUGGCCAUGGUUCCAUUUUUGGCUUCCUCUUCCGAUCUCACCUUCCCAGUGAUUCUCAAGGCGCUGCUCGCGCAGGAACUCCGACACUUCCACCAGGUCUUCCUCUGCCUCACGCUCAUCCUGCGUCAGCCUUGUUUCACAGCCCGUUGAAUCCGUCCAGCCCGUCGCCGACGGUCCCAAUGCUGCCUCCUGGACUCAAUGUCACCAUUUCCAAGCCCGGAACACCAUCCCAGAACUUCUCUGAGAUAGGGGAAUCCCGUCAACCAUCCCCAGAAAUCAAAGAAACUCCAGAAAAUAAUCCAUCCUCAAGCAGAAUCAAGAACGCUUCCGAAAUUUCGCUGGGUUCACCCGUGCCCAAGUCCGCCCAAAAAGCUCGGUCGCAGUUCAAAGCCGAGUUAACAGCGAAUUCUGAUGAGAAGAAACCCAAUGUGAAAGAACUAGAUGCCGCCGGCGGCAGCAGCAUCAACAACAACAGCAAACCAAACAAAAAAGCAUCUACAAAGGCUAAACCGAUGAAGCUUGAUCUACAUCUGACACCGGUUCUGCCCCAGGAAUCCUUGUCUCCAAAGAUCGACUCUGCAGCUCCAAUCGCUGCGCUCAACCAUGUCCCACCUCCAACUUCCGCCGUCGGAUCGCGUCCCAAUACUCCUAUGACGGGAAUAUCGCGCGCAUCUGAUGCAUCCGCUCCUCGUCAACCUCGAGUGCUCCGUGUGGUGGACACACCGAAAACUGAGACACCGCCUCUCGCUUCCGCUUCCCAAUCCGCGGUGUCUUUGCCAGCCGCAGUUAAGGCACGCUCUAGACGGCCCAGCAUUUCGUCGCUCAGUAGACCCGACACUCCCGGUGACCUAGGCUCCGAAGCCGAUUUUUACACCUCUGCAUCAGCCUCCCGUGCCAAUUCACCUCCGGCUUCUUCCCGGAUAGGCUCAGCACCUGUGCGGGCUAUUACCAAGAGUCAACUCAAAAAGGAACGGCGACAGAAAGCGAAAGAGGCUGAAGCUAAAAAGCAAGAGGUCACCUCAGUCGUCGUGGAAGAGCCAGUUCAAGCACCCAUUCUUGGCAGGAAACGGAAAACCAAGAAGACUCCGACCAUAAAUACUGAUGCGUCGAGUACGGGCACGGAUCAUACUCCUGAACCUGCCAAAGCCAGUCAAGCCAGCGUCCAACCGACUGCUGAAAAGGCCGAGGGGAAGGCUGAUGAGGCAAAGAAAAGCAAGCCAAAGGAAAAGCCGCCCAAGCCCACAGUCGAAGAGAACCCGCCAGUAGUCGAGAAGAAGCCAGUGGAGGCAUGGCGCUCGAAGAACACAGUGGAGCAGAUGAUCAAAGACUCCGAAUCCAGCGGGGUUCCCAUCAAAGAUCUCUUUUCGGAGCGAACGUCGCCAUUGCAGGUUUUACUGGCUCAGCUUCAUAGGUCUGGCGAGCUGGAUCUGAACAAUCACCCUUUGUUCAACCCUUCGAACCUCAGUCAACGUUUUGACAUGCGGUGCACUUCCGAUGACUACGAAUAUUUGAAGCAGCCCAUCGAACUUACAGAAGAGCACCGAAAAGCGCUGCUGCGUGGGGAGCCCGUGCGGCUACACUCCAACUCCGGUCAAUUAAAGGAUCGAUGCUUGAUCACUCCCCGUGGAUGCGUGCUCCAUCAUCUGUCGACAGAGGAAGAAGAUAGGUAUCUGGCCUUGGAAAAAAGCAUCGGAUGGGCACUGGAUUCUUUCCAGGAGUACCCGGCCGCGCUUAUCACCGAGCCCGAUGUGACCAACCGCGGCGGCAGUCUGGAUGCACUAUUUGCCACGCCUGAAAACUUCAACAUCUGCUGGGUAGAUGAGGCCUCUGCCAGUCUUUCAUCAGCGACACAUGCUGGAUCUACUGCAGCUGGCGAUGCAUCCGUGUCGUCCACAUCUUCUGCUCCACCCAACGUCCUGUCCACCAUGGAAGCGGACAGCACGCGUAGCCACAACUGGGCCAUUGCAAGCACUGCCGAGCUGGCCAACGCGACGGCUGCCUCUGUGCGUUCAUUUGCAGCUGCUACUGCCAAACACAUGCUCGGAGCUGCGGGUGUGGUCAUGGGAACCAUCCCUGACCUGGAUGAUGUGGUUGGCAUGACGGAUGAGGAGCUCCGUUCGUUUGCGCUCAAAUCUCAAAAGGAACUGGAGGGAUCGCGAAAGGAGCUGGAUGCCAUCGAUAAAAAGCUCGCUGCCUUGUUCAAGCGGAAUAAGAAGCUUGCGCAGCAGGCUUUGACGACGACUGUCGAGGUCUAA